AGGGCUCUGGAAAGGAGUUGACAGUUUAGGAGUGUGUGUGCAUUAGACGGUGUGUUACAUAAACAUACAUUUAUUCUUAUGGGGAUUUUUUUACUGGACACUAACAGAAUACUAAUGUGACGGUUUUCUGAUAACGUGCCUAGACGUACCUAUAUGCGAGAGACGUGCCGCGGUACUUCGUUUGUAUGUUGCGUAAUGCAUGUUGUGUCUAUCAUCUAUCAUAGUUUAGUCUCCAAACAUAUUCUUCUAGUCUAAACUAAACGUUUCUAUUUGCCUCAAAAUACUAAAGAACGCUAAUGGUCUACUUCCCAUGCAAAGUUAGCUAGCGAAGUAGUAUAUAUAUCCCCGGUUCUAGCAUCUAUGCUCUAUAGUCUGAGUUCAGCAGUUUUGAGUAUGGCAAACAUUCGUGUAAAAAACAUCGCGUUACUGUGCAUGCUGGUUACGACUGUAAUUACAGCAUCGCAACGAUAUCCAGAGUGUGUGCAGAAGAAGAGCAUUGCACAAGCGCAGCAGGAGUGCGUACGCUAUCUUGGUAUCCCGUGUGCUAGGUUAGGCGUCUACAACGACUACAUCUAUCCGAAUGAUACCGAAACGCAAUGCAUGGUACGCUGCAUGGGUGUUAACCUGGGCUGGUGGGAUGACACACAAGGUGUACAGGAGCCCGCAAUACGCAACUACUUCCAUCCGGAUCCGGACGACAAGCAGUAUAAACGCCGGGCCUACCACUGUCUGCAGUCGCAACACCUGGACAAUCCUGCAUCGCACGUGGAUGGGUGCGAGCGAGCGUAUGAAUCGUUCCGUUGCUACUACGAGCAGUACGGCAACAUCGUAGUAACGCCCCAGUUUGUUCCACUAACUUCACUGCAGCUGUCGGAUGUAAUAAUGCAGUGUGCCAACAUGCUGCAGUUCCCUGGUCUGCAAUCGCAGUUCUGCCAUAAAGGUGUAAAACCGUCCGAGCGAGACAUUGGUUGCUUGGCGCGAUGCUAUUUGUUGAGAAGCGGGUUGUACACCGAUCAACACGGACCCAACCUUGAUUGGUGGUACGUGCAGGGUGAUAACUAUGCGAACGAGACAAGAUUCCGCGAAACUACCAGCACCUGUUAUCAGCAACUAAAAAGCGAAUGUCAGGACGAGUGUAUUUUAGCGGGUCGUUUCUUAAGAGAAUGUUUCCCUGAAGGAGGAAUCAAAAUCAGUAUUGAAUUAGAUGUUGCCGGCAUAGUGGCAGGAUUAGUUGCAGCCGUCUCUUCUGUCGCGCCACCGGCCUUACCGGUUUAAAAAUAAUGCUUUGUUGAGGCUCUAAUCUAAAAAAAGUUGACUUAUUCAGCUCAUGUAAAAACGUUUUACAGACAGUCAACUUUAAACAACAUAGAGACCGACAGCGACCAAAAAAAAAACACAGUAAAAAAUCAAAAUGGAACAACAUAACCUUACUUAUACACAUCCGGCUACCCAAUAAUCUAUCCAGCAAUAACAAAUUCAAUAGCUCCAAACACGAUUAAUGUAAUUUUUGUUUCUAUAUUCUGUAAGCAAACUUUCUGUUUCUUUUUCAAUAAAGCAAUCCUCAUCUUUCGACCUCAAUAGUUUGUUCAUAUUAUAUUCACUGUUUAUUAAAUAUUUUCCAAUAAAUGGCUAUCGAUCUAAAAGGGGAAGAAUUUCACCUUGUAAUAUUUACAUAAUAGUGUAUUGAACUCUACCCCAACUAGAGAUGUGCAAAGUGAGUAAGAGACACUCUUACUGGGAGUGACUGGGAGUACUCACUCUAAAGGUGACCCGAAAUUAUUGGCGCUUGUAGAGUAUAUGCAUGUCUUACAAUAUUGUAAUACCUUACUUAUUCCGUCGUCGCAACCAGAGUUUUAGGGGCCCCGAGGAUUUUCAGUUAGGGUCUCCAACAAUGACUCCCUCCCCGGUCAGCACUUAUGAAAUCAGUUCACCCCCCGGUCAGUAUUUUCUUAAUUUGACUUCCUCCGAUCGGUCAUAGUGGAUCAAUGCGAAAUAAACCUCGUUGAUUUAAGAUUGACUAAUUUCCUAAGGCUUACCCCUUACGAUUUUUUGAGAAAUUUUGCAAAAAAAAUUAAAUUGUUUUAUUUUAAUGCCAAUGGGUUGCAAUGAGUUUCUUUUCACUCUAAUAAUGCUUGAAAUAAAAAAAAGAAUGAAAAAUAAUAUAAAAAUCAAUAUAUAUAACUAUAACUCGGUUGGUAUCCAACGGAUCGCCAAUCUUUAUCCUGUGGUCGAUAGACGGCUUCAAUGGCUACAUUUUCUUCUUGGACAGCCAUGCCCUUAGAUGUCUGCGCCAGAAGUUAUUCGAGGAACCAAGUUCCUUACCCUGUUUGAGAAAAUGUAAAAUUUUCCUCAUUUUUGAGCAAUGUAGCAAAAAUUUUAGAUGUGAUAUAUUUUGAUGGGAAUUUGUUGCAAUAAGUUUCUUUUCACUUAAAUAGUGCUUUAAAUUAAAAAAAGAAUAAAAAAUCAGAAAAAAAAAUCAAAAAAAUUUUUCACUCGAAAAUUUCAUAAGGCUUACCCCUUACGAUUUUUUUGGGAAAUUUUGCAAAAAAAAUUAAAUUGUUUUAUUUUAAUGCCAAUGGGUUGCAAUGAGUUUCUUUUCACUCUAAUAAUGCUUGAAAUGAAAAAAAGAGUGAAAAAUAAUAAAAAAAAAUCAAAAAAUUCAAAAAAAAAUAAUGAAAAUUUUCCUCAUUUUUGCACCAAAAUUUGCCUA